AUGCUGAAAAGUAUUAUAGCCAUAAACUCUUUGCUCGGAAAGGCUGUAAUAACUAAUAUGGCUCCUUCAGUUGAAAAGGAUGCACUUAUUAUUAGCAGUAAGGAAGAUGUUGAUUAUCCAACAAUUUUAAGUUUGAAUUUAAUCAAAACAAAAGAUGUUAAAAAGAUAAUUUGCGAUUUUAAUGGAACUAAAGAAGACUUUCAAAAGAUUAAACCACUUUUUCAGGAGGUAGAGUCUUUGGAAUUGAAGCAAUAUUUUUCAACAACCAUAACCUCAACUAUUAAUGCUGAUAACCUUAAAUCAAUUACAAUUCCUGAUUCAAUUGAAGAAUUAGAAUAUUAUUGUUUUUCAGGUAGCUCCAUUACAAAUAUUGAUAUAAAAAAUGUUAAAAAUGGCGGAUAUGGAGCUUUUUAUAGAUGCAAAGAUCUUAAAUCGAUAACGGCCACAAAAUUAACUUCAAUUCCUGAUGAAUUUGCUAUGGAAUGUUCCUCUCUGGAAAGUGUCACUUUUGGUGAUUUAACAAGUAUUGGAAAUCACGCUUUUAUGAACUGUAUUAAUUUGAAAAGGAUUGACAUAUCAAAAGUAUCCUCUAUAAAAAACAUGGCUUUUCAACACACUGGCAUUGAAUCAAUAUCAAUACCAGUUUCAUGUAUUUCAAUUGGAGAAUAUGCCUUUUCCUCAUCAUCUUUAUCUUCAAUUAUUUUUGCUACUGGAACUGAAAAUGAACAAUUAUCAAUUGGUGUGUAUGCCUUUUCAGAUACACGAUUAACAAAAAUCGAAUUUCCAUCUCAUCUCACAUCUAUUUCAAAAGGAGCUUGUUCAAAGUGCGGUAAGCUAACAAAGAUUGUUCUCUCUGACAAAAUUACAACUAUUCCUGAAGAAUUUGCCAUUUUAUGUGUCAACCUUAAUAGCGUUACUGCUAAUGAAGCUACCAUAGUUAGCACAAAAGCAUUCAAAUAUUGCGUUAAAUUAGAAAAAGUUUCAUUUGGAACACUAACAAGGCUCAAUUCUGAAUCCUUUAUGUAUUGUUCAAAUGUUGAAAUUAGAUUUAGCGAAUCUGAAAUAAUAAUUUUUGAUUCGAGAUGUUUAGCGUUUUGCAAUAAAAUAUCAAUAUCAUUUGUUCUGUCAACAUGGAAUUUAAAUGGUGAAAGCGUAUUUAUGGGAUGUUCUGGAAUAACAGAGCUAACAAUCAACACUUCAUUAUAUUAUAGAUCUUUUAAAGGAUGCAAAAAUCUAAAAUCUGUUACACUAUUAGAAAAUACAUUAUAUGUAUACUCAAGUUGUUUUAGGAAUUGCUCAAACUUAUCAGAGUUUAAAUUUAGCUCAAAUCUCACUAAUAUUGCCGAUUCUGCUUUUGCAGGUACAUAA